GUCAACCUAAUGCCUUUUCUGUUUCCAAUACCUUAGGAUGUCAAUUCAUUUGUUGCUGAAACAGAUUCCAUCAAACAUACAAAUUCAUUUCCAACUUUGACGUUUUCAUCUACAAAAUUUGGUAAUAGCGUCAGUAGUGGUGAUCAGUUGCAAUCAUUGUUGGGAGAUAUAUCACCGGCCACACCAUCCAAUAAUAGUAGUAAUUUGUUGUCACAUCCAUUUGCUGUUCCUUCGUAUCUUCAUCCAGAGUCGUCCUAUUCGUAUUCAGAUUCAAAUGAGAGUAUGGAUGAACUUUCUGAUAGUGAUACCACCACAUCCACACAAAGUUGGAUGAUUCCAUUUCCACAAGAUCCAUUUUCCACUUGGCGUGAUCCAUCUUCAGGUUUCUAUCCAAUGGGUAUGUCAUCAUCUGUAUCCACCCCUGUUGUCAGUCUUGGUCAUCAUCAUCCACGACCACAUGCACACCAUUCACAUCCUUUACCACAUCAUAACAAUCAAAAUAACAACAAACGAUUUGACAAAUCCACCAAGAAGAGAUCCAAACAACAAAAACAACAGCAACAACCAGGGAAAACCAGACGUAGUACCAGUGGAAUGAUUCAUACUGGCCAUAAAAAUCCCUUUUCCAGUGGAUCAUCCAAUAUCAGUCACAGUAGCCAUCUGCAUCCAUCAUCCCCAGCAACAACAAUGACUAUGUCAUCGUUAUCAAUAGCAACGCCACAAUCAUUAACAGGAUCCAUCACCACUGUAGGCCGACCAGGGAACGGAAGAAGAAAAUCAUGCAUGUCAAUUGAUACCAAGUUGAAACCAGCCAGCAAACGCAAAGAGUUGAAACGUCGAGAGAGUGAACCACAUUCCUUGAACAAGGUCAAAUCAUAUUCAUCAUCCACUACUUCUGCCACUACUGCUGCCACUGCUGCUGCCGCCGCUGCCGCUGCUGCUGCCGCCGCUGCUGCUUCUACGUCCAUUAAUACAAAUCUUCCAUCCGCCGGAUCCACUAGUAGCAGCAAUGGUACCCAUUCAUUUUCGCCAGCAAGGUUAUCAGUAUCAGAAAGUAUUUCCAGUUUCUUGUCCAGGCAAAGAUUAUCUGAUGAUGAGCCAGACGAUGAUAAUAACGAGGAUGAGGAUGACGAUGAAGAAGAGGAUGAUGAUCAAGAAGAUGAAAUCAACGUCAAUCAAAAUAAUAUGGAGAGUCAUCCAUUCCACCACCAGCAACACCAACGACAAUAUCAACAUCCAAAGGUCAAUGGGAAUCGUAAUCGAUAUCAACAUAAUCGCUUGAAUACUAUAUCUCCAAUACAGAUAAUCUUCUUGAGACAGGAGGACAAGAUAAUCCAUAUCUACCAAAACCGCAUAGGAACCACCAACAUCACCAUGAAGAGACAAAUAGUAACAACAAAGUAGGCUUACAUUAUCAUACUAAUAAUGAAGUCUAUCACCGUAACGAUACAGCAGGAUCCAGUUUAUCCAAUCCAUCUGGUCAUCCUAUCAAAAAAGGACGAAAUGUAGAUAAGGCGUGUAACCAUUGUAAACGGUCCCAUUUACGAUGUGAUAAUAUGAGACCAUGUCAGAGAUGUACAGCCACGGGAAAAACAGGUUGCAAAGAUGUUGAACAUAAACCAAGAGGUCGACCAAGAUUGCAUAACACAAUAAAUAAUCAUAUUGAUAAUGAUAUAACAAUAUAGUAUAUAGGUUGACUUUUUUUUUUCUGUAUGUCAAAUUUGAAAAGAA